GCCUCUUUCAAGUUUCAAUCGAUUCCCGCAUCAGAUCUUUGUAACCCAUUCAUCACCCACCUCCUUCUUCUGAACACAUUUUUUAUUGAUUUUGUGAGAAACAAAGCUCAACCCUUUCUCAACUGAGGCUUUAAUACAAUGGAAAGUGAUUUCCACCGGUCCGUUUCUUCUCGGUCUGCCCGAAGAAAUCAACACCAGCAAGUGAAAGAUAGUGAAGCGGGAUUGUUGUACAGUGGGAAAUUGACCCAAGAAAUUGCGAUGAAGAUUAUAUGGAAAAGGGGUUUCAUUCGGUUGAUUCUUACGGGAGGGAUCAUCUGGAUGUUGUUAAUUCUCACCGUUUUGUUGUUUCAUAUAUGGUCUUGCCAAUCUUCUGUUGCCUUCUUUUCAGCUCUUUGUAACAAAGAUAGCAAGGUCUAUGGCGUGUUAAACACAAUGGGACUCGUGACACCACCUCAUCGUUGUCCUAUUCCUGUUCUUGAUGACCCAAACAAAGUAGUCAUUCCUAAGAAGAGAACACCGGAAAGAUUAGUACAAACGCUGUCAUAUUUUACUGAAGAUAGUGAUGCAACCAAUGGAUCUCACUCGUCUCCUCUCUUUGGCGGCCACCCAACUUGGCAACAGAGAGAAGAAAGCUUUAAACUCAAGCCAACGAUGAAGGUGCACUGUGGGUUUAUGAGAGGCGGAGGAGAGGAGAUGGAACCCCGGGAUAUUGAAUACGUAAAAAAAUGUAAAUUUGUUGUUGCGACUGGCAUUUUUGAUGCUUAUGACUCACCUCACCAGCCAUCCAAUAUCAGUAAACGUUCAGAGUCUCUGUUCUGUUUUCUAAUGGUGGUUGAUGAAGUGUCUCUCAAAUUCAUCAAAGAGAAUGUUAGUGUGAGAGAAGAUUCUCAAGGAGGGCAGUGGGUGGGUAUCUGGCGUUUAAUUCCACUGAAGAACCAGCCUUAUGAUGAACCUAGAAGAAAUGGGAAGGUUCCAAAGAUAUUGACACAUAGAUUGUUUCCUCAAGCCGAGUACAGCAUCUGGAUUGAUGGUAAAAUGCAGCUUAUAGUGGACCCAUUGCUUCUAUUAGAGAGAUACUUAUGGCGUGAGAAGAACACCUUUGCGAUUGCUCAGCACAAACAUCACAAAAGUAUAUAUGAGGAGGCUGAUUCAAACAAACGGAGAAAACGUUAUGCUCGCCCGCUAAUUGAUCUACACAUGAAAAUAUAUCGUUAUGAGGGAUUGGAGGCAUGGAAUCAGUAUGGAAACACCUUGAGUGAUGUGCCUGAAGGAGCAAUCAUCAUACGCGAACAUACCGCGUUAAAUAAUCUGUUUAGCUGCCUGUGGUUCAACGAGGUUCACCUCUUUACACCAAGAGACCAACUAAGCUUCGGAUAUGUCGUCUAUAGGUUAGGAGAUCUGUUCAAAUUUUUUAUGUUUCAUAAUUGUGAGUACAACUCGAUCUUUGUGCUGCAUCCACAUAAUCGAGAGCACUCAUCCAAAAUUGAAUGGGCAAAAACUAUAGCAGAACUGAAAAAGCACCCCGAUUUGAUAGAAAGCAGGGGAGGAUUAGGUUUGUGGACACCUUAUCCUGGGAACCUUGAUUUGGUUGUAUUGCCACCAGUAGGCAGAACUUCAAAAGCAGGCUGAUUUUUUUGGAAAAACUUUGUUGUCCUUUUAACAUUCCCACUUACUAUUUCAUCACAUCUUCAAAAGCCAUGUUUUCAUUCCAUGAAUUUUCAUUGUUUUUGUUAAUUUGUAUUGUAACUCCAGUGUAUAAUUUUAAGGAAUGUCCCAAGAAAGGUAUUGAAAAUUAUUUUUGAAAAAUAAAUAAGAAACUGCUGGAUGUGCGCCUCGUAGAGAGAGUCUAUAGGACAUUAGGGUGAGCAGGCCAGUUUGGUUCAGAAGUUGGUGUGUUUGUAUAUAAAUAUAUUCGCUCAAAAUGAGGUUUUUUUGUUAAUCAAAGUUGAUGUGAUGUGUAAGAAUGAUUGAUUAGUAUUAUUUAAUUAUAUUGAU